UGGCAGGCCAGGGUCAGGCUAGUCGUGAUAUGUGUAUGACGAAACCGUCACACCUAGCUUAACUAAAUGACUAAGAAAUCAGUGUAGCUCAGUUCGUGUCCUACAUACUGUGUCUAAUAUCAUGUAUGACCCUUUAAGACUCGUUGCUGACUGGGAAAUUCCAUCUCUGGAAAACCAAAGAAGCACGUCUUUACACUUAAAUCUGUUGUGACAACUCAACGGGCAGCCUCGCCGUUCUUUGGGUUAACAAAAUUGCGACCAAAGAGCCAGUUUGUUUAACUUAGUCAAGCAUUCAUUCGCUCUAAGUAUUGUUUGGUGUAACGUUAAUUGGAUGUAUGUUACGCCGAAGUGAAGAAUGUCUCCGAACGAUUCGCGAACGGACACAACGUACCAUGUAAACCUGGGCUAACACAGCAAGAAGCAAGGGAGACUCUUCAUGUAAUGAAGCAGGGAACAGUUGUUUUUACCCGGCCGUCACAGGAGAGGAAGUGAAAUCGAAGGAUCAGCAUAAGGUGGUUCAUCAGAUCUCACCGCUACAAAACUGCAGUAACUUCUCUCUCACAUGCUGUUUCUGGGAUCUUGCUUGUUGCACAAGUGAAAGCAGUCAAGCUUAAUAAAGUGGAUUUGGACAGCCAUCAAGUCAUCCAUCCAUCCGUUUUUAGCGUGGCCGUCACAGCAACAACCACAAAACGCCAGUCCUCCCAUCAUGGAGGCUUAGACAUGCAGUUUACAACACUUACAUGCAUAAACCAAUGUGAAGAAGGCCAUAACUGCUAAGUAACAGUGACAGUCUACUGCCAUUAAAUGUGGGAAAGUGACUUCAGCCAAAGGAGAAGGACAGAGAGUACUGAUGGAAACAAAACUGUGAACAUAAUCAAUGAGUCUCACAACAUUUGGAUGUAAUGAACUGGGAAUCCCCUACUGGAGUAUUGUUGGGUGGAACUGGAACUAAGGUGCGACCACAUGGACUCAGUCGUUCAGCAUGAAUCAUAAAUGCCAAGUGCACCGGAAAUGCUCCAUAUUCUACAGACCCUACUUGCACUUUGAAAAACCAAAGAGAAUGAUGUGAACAUUCAAACUAAAAGACAACGACAAACCAAACCUAAAGCUGGGAGAAACAACUGGAAAUGUCAUUUUACUGGUUUGGGAAUGCCUGUGUUUUUUGGACGAAGUUGUUUGCUCCUCUGAACUGGUAGCUUUUUUUCAAGAGUGGAAAAAAAAAACAAGUAUUACACAGAGAACAUUCGACCAUCGCCCUCUGUCUAACUGGGUGCACUGGGAACACAAGUAGAAACUAUCCAGACCACCUGUAGUAACAUGGCGGGAAAGGACUACAAUCAUCUCUUUAAACUACUAAUCAUCGGAGACUCCAAUGUAGGGAAAAGCAGCCUCCUCCUUCGCUUUGCAGAUAACUCCUUCUCUGGCAGCUACAUCACCACCAUUGGUGUUGACUUCAAGAUCCGAACAGUGGACAUAGAUGGGGAACGGGUCAAACUACAGAUCUGGGACACAGCGGGCCAGGAGAGAUUCCGAACCAUCACAUCAACGUACUACAGAAACACCCACGGCGUCAUCAUUGUUUACGAUGUGACGAAUCCAGAGUCAUUUGUAAAUGUUAAGAGGUGGUUAAAUGAAAUCUCUCAGAACUGUGACAACGUCUGCAAGAUCCUGGUGGGAAACAAGAAUGACGACCCAGCCAAGAAGCAGGUGGACACCCAGGAUGCUGUCCGAUUCGGCGAGUCAGUUGGGGUUCGGGUGUUUGAGACCAGCGCCAAAGAGAACAUCAACGUGGAAGAGAUGUUCAUGGCCUUCACUCACAUGGUCCUCCGGGCCAAGAAGCAGAGUCAGAACCGAGCGGAGCGAGAACGAGAGAGGGAGAAGGACACUGUCUACAUCAAUGCCCAGAGAGACCGAGACCGCAGGAAGAGAGGGAAGAAGUGUUGCUGAGACCUGCAGGGUGCCAAACCCACGGCUCUGCCACAUUCGCUCACAUGAAAACAUCCAAACAUCGGGAAAACUAUAUUGGGGAAAUUGUGCCUUAGGUGAUUAGUUAAAUUUCACAUUGAUGUUAGAUUUACGGUUCAGUUUACUAAAACAUGAUGCAACGCCAAACGUGUGGAGGCCAGGGCUUGCCUGGUCAUGAAUGUAAUUACCAAGGCCAAGGGAUUCACAGUGGUUCCAUCUGUUGGCACCGACUUCUCACAGAAGCCUGGGGCUCCAUGAGUUAACUUUGCACUGAGAGGAAGAGGACUGUAAACCACUAUUAUGUGCCGCCUUUUUUUUUUCCAAAGUGUUUUAUCAUUCACAGGGAACUGGUGUCCAAGUAUCAAAACUGCUAACUUUCUUAACCCCAACCUAGAACAGACACUAACAUACUUGAAUUUUCUUUUUUCUUUUUUUAUGUAGUUCAAGCUUCUGUAUCCCAUGUUUGAUUUUGAACAUGCUCAGUAAUCCAGGCUUAAUCUUGACGCAAUGAGACCCCAAAAGUACAACCGUGAUUAGUGAGGCUUUUUUUUUUUUUUUUUUUUUUUUUUUUUUUAAAUGUAAAUGUCUGUCACAUAGCAAACAAAUGUGUCCAACUCCAAAUAAACAAAGCAAUAAAUCCAGAA